AGUCGCAGUUUAAUGGCGGACGGUAAUGAAAAAAAGUGGGAGUGAUCUUUGUUUUGCGUCUAAACAAACGCACUGAAUUUUACAACAUUAUUGAAAGGCGUUGCACAAAUUAUAGUGUUUUGGCAGAAUGCCCGAGCAAGUGUUAAUAAUGCGGUGCAUUACUUAGAACACGCAAUGUGCGCGACAAAAACGGAAAAAUUCCACAAAACUCAAUUCUCAUGAAAACGCAGACAAUACGCGGAAGCGUGAAAAAUAGAAAAGAAACACAAAACGAGCCAACGGCGAACUUUGUACGCUGUUGCAGUGCGCGAGCCCAUGUCCGAGUGCAAGUGAGAACAGACUGAAAAUACACACACUAAAACCACGAAAAAUCCGAAAAACGAGACCGAAACAAAGAAGAAAAAAAUAACGCAAAAUGUCUGCUGCACAGCGUUUGAAUGCCGCGGAAAAAGACCUAGAGAAGUUCAUCAAAUUUCUUGCUCUGAAGUCCACCCAGGUUGUGGUGCAGUCGCGUCUGGGCGAGAAGAUCCAAACGCAAUGCAAUCCGCUGGCGGGCAAUGACUGGUUCAAUAUUGUGGUGCAGGACCAUCCCGAAGUUAUGGAGGAGACGAAGCGGGCGUUGGCCCUGAAGCCUGGCGAGAGCAUUCUGCAGCGUCUGCCCCUGUGCGUGGAGAUAUCGCUAAAGACAACGGAGGGCGACCAGAUGGUGCUGGAAGUGUGGUCCCUGGAUCUGCUGCAACCAACCGCGAAUGGCACCACCACGAAUGGGGGCGCGAUAAAUGCCCGCGACGACUCCAAGGCGGACAUGAAUGGCAUAAAUGGCGAGAGCCAGACGUUGAAGGCCUCCCACGCCAUCUACAGCCGCAUGGGCAUAAUGUUAAAGUCCCUCAUCUCCCUCACCCGGACAACGCCCGCCUACAAGCUGUCGCGUCGUCAGUGCCCGGACUCGUACGGCAUCUUCUAUCGCAUCUAUGUGGAUCGCCCGCAGGUUCAUACGCUCGGCGAGGGCCACAAGAAUGUGAAGAUUGGACAGUUGCACACGAUUGUGGGCUCUCUGGUCAUGUCUGUGGCGUACCGCACGAAGAUGACCAUAUCCCCGACGACGGCCCAGGCCCACCAGACAGAAAACAACAUCAUUAUGCUCAAGUCGGAUCAUUUUCGGCCAGCCACCGAUGCCAGCUCCCCCAGCACCCAGCAGACCCAGACUCACGCCACGGCUGUCGCGAAGAAGCUGGGAUUGGGCGGCCUGAACGCAGCUUUGGGAUCUGGGGAGAGGCGAUGCAUUGACAUAGAGAAGCCGCUGCGUCCGGGCGCCUUCACGGAUAUGGGCAAGCUGCGGCAGUACACCGAGGAUGACUUUGUGCUGCCGGAGACGCCACCGUUCGAGUGGCUGCUGCGGGGACGACAGCGACACGAGAGCGCUGGCAGCGGCUGCUCCAUGGAGUCGCUGAACCGGCUCGACAAUGUGGCCAGUGUCGUUAGCAACAACAUGCACAACAAUAACAACAACAACAACCAUACGGCAAAUAAUUUCAACCACAGCCACAAUCUCAACAACAACUCGACGGGCUUCAAGAGCUUCGAAAAGCAGCAGGCCACAAAUGGGGAAGCCGCCACCUCAUGUUCACCCAUCAAAAGCCUGCUAAUACCCGCCACCGCCUAUCGCCACCAUUCGGAGCCAACGCUAGAGCCGCCCCCAGACGAUGACAAUCUGCUAAAGGAGCUGCACUUUCCCUUCGCCUCGCCCACAUCGCAUGUCAACGAUUUGGCCAAAUUCUAUCGUGAGUGCUAUCACGCCCCGCCCCUGCGAGGCCUCAACGAGCUGCAGGCGGAAAUCUCCAGCUCGUCCAGCUCCACAACGCCCACAUCGAGCAGCUCGGUGGCCGCCUGUGGGCCCACUGCAGCCGCCGCAGCGGUGGCCACCAGUGCAGCCGAUGCCAGUGCCUUGGAUGAUCUGUCGCGGCAACUGGAGCAGUUCGAGACAUCGCUAGAGGAUUACGAUAAGCUCGUCUCACAGUUCGGACUGACGGGCUCCUCAUCGUCGGGCAGCCGCAGUAGCGGAGGACUGCAAAUGAGCAACUGAGUGUCAAGUCUGAGUGGUGCCGCCUGCGAGGGAAGAUUAAUAAGUUGACCUAUGCUUAGUUGCGUCAUUAGUUAGACUCUAUUUAUGUGUAUGCCAUUGUGUUUAGUUAAAUUGAUAGGCUGCUACGAUAAUAUGCUGUGUAAAUACUAUGAAUGUAGGCUCUGUAGGCUAUAGUUCCGCAUAAGUUGUACAUAAAGAUGGCGAUUGGCGAGUGCAGGCAGGCGAUUGCCACAGCAGCGCAUCAAAUGUGAGGAGAGCUCUUGUCACGUUUCAAAGUUUAGACCACAGCCACAACAUAUACAGAUGCACCGGCACUGGCAGUGGCACUGGCACUGGCAUAUGGUAUAGGUACAUACUACAUGUAUACAUAUAGGGUAAUAACUUGGGCGUACACGUCGCUUGUUUGUUUGUUUGUUUGUUUCUUUGUUCAAGUGCCUUCUGCCUGCUUGUAAGUGAAAUAAUCAUCCAUGUGUAUAUAUAUAAAUAACUCUAGAUAAGAGCGCAGUUAAUGGGAAAGCUAUAAAAAGCUAUCCGUGCACACGCAUAGAUACCAUCCAAAAGGUUGAGUAGUAGUAUAGUAUACCCUGCUUGACACAGAUAUGGUGUGUGGUGUUGAGGCCUUCUGUUUGGAAUGUCUCUGUGCAAAUGCUUGAUAAUGUAAUAUGCAAUCGGCAAAAAUGUUACCGCAAGACUUUAAGCAUAAAGAAAUCUAAAUUGUAGCUAUCAUCAUUUGUACUUUGUAAAUCAAUUAGUGUUUUGUAUUUGAAUUCAUUUGUCUUUGAACUGUUAUUUAUUUAUUGGUUUCCAAACUGCUCAAAAUUUGCCUACACAUGUGAAUCGAAAUUCAAGUACUAUACUUACGCAUUAGAUUAAUCAGUAUGAUUAAUAAGAGAAUAAGAAAUUUAUACAUAAAUACAUAUAUAAAAUAUAAAACAAAGAAUAAAAGCAAUUGUUAAUCGAAACACA